CCAUGCAUCCAUGUUCCCACCCAUCCACCUAUGCAUCCAUCCAUCCAUGCACCUCUCCAUCCAUGCACUUCUCCAUCCAUCCAUCCACCUAUGCAUCCAUCAUGCAUCCAUCCAUCCAUCCACCUAUGUAUUCAUCCAUCCAUCUAUCCAUCCAUCCAUCCAUCCACCUAUGCAUCCAUCCAUCCAUCUGUCUCUCCAUCCUCCACCCCUCCAUCUAUCCACCCAUCCACCCACCCAUCCACCUAUGCAUCCAUCCGUCCAUCCAUCUAUCUAUCCAUCCAUUCAUCCACUCACCCACCCACGUAUCCAUCCAUCCACCCAACUGUGCAUUCAUCCAUCCUCCACCUAUGCAUCCAUCCAUUCAUCCACCUAUGCAGCCAUCCACCCAUCCACUUAUGCAUCCAGCCAUCUAUCCAUUCAUCCACCCACCAUUCAACCUAUGCAUCCAUCCAUCCAUGCAUCUAUGUAUCCAUCCAUCCACCUAUCCGUCCAUCCAUACACCUAAUCAUCCAUCCAUCCAUCCACCUAUGCAUCCAUCCUUCCAUCUACCCACCCACCCAUCCACCUAUGCAUGCAUCCAUCCAUCCAUCCAUCCACCCACCCACCCUUCCACCUAUGCAUGCAUGCAUGCAUGCAUGCAUGCAUCCAUCCAUCAACCUAUCCAUCCAUCCAUCCAUUCAUCCAUCCACCUAUGCAGGCAUGCAUCCAUCCAUCCAUCCACCCACCCGUCCACCUAUGCAUCCAUCCAUCCAUCCAUCCAUCCAUCCACCUAUGCAUCCAUCCAUCCAUCCA